UUUUAAUCCAACGACUGAGAGAGAAACCCUAGUUAAACCAAAGCUGAGAGAGUAGCUACUUAAGCUAAAGCAGACAGCUGAUUUCUUCCUCUCUCGCUUGCUCUCUACGCUCUCUUCCGCUGCGACGAGGAGAGCUUCUGAUCAAGCGAAUCUCCAAGAGUCCUAUUUUUAGCUUACAGCUUCUCUCCCGAGUUUUAUAAUGGGUAAGGAGAAGGUUCACAUCAACAUUGUGGUCAUCGGCCAUGUCGACUCUGGGAAGUCGACCACCACUGGUCAUUUGAUCUACAAGCUUGGUGGUAUUGACAAGCGUGUGAUUGAGAGGUUCGAGAAGGAGGCUGCUGAGAUGAACAAAAGGUCAUUCAAGUAUGCCUGGGUGCUUGACAAGCUUAAGGCUGAGCGCGAACGUGGUAUUACCAUUGAUAUUGCACUGUGGAAGUUUGAGACCACAAAAUACUACUGCACUGUCAUCGAUGCCCCUGGACAUCGUGACUUUAUCAAGAACAUGAUUACUGGUACCUCACAGGCAGACUGUGCUGUUCUCAUUAUUGACUCAACCACUGGUGGUUUUGAAGCUGGUAUCUCUAAGGAUGGUCAGACCCGUGAGCAUGCUUUGCUUGCCUUUACCCUUGGUGUCAAGCAGAUGAUUUGCUGCUGCAACAAGAUGGAUGCCACAACCCCAAAGUACUCCAAGGCAAGGUAUGAUGAAAUUGUUAAGGAAGUCUCUUCUUAUCUUAAGAAAGUUGGUUACAACCCUGAGAAGAUCCCAUUUGUCCCAAUCUCUGGUUUUGAGGGUGAUAACAUGAUUGAGAGGUCUACAAACCUUGACUGGUACAAGGGUCCCACUCUUCUCGAUGCUCUUGACCAGAUCAAUGAGCCCAAGAGGCCCUCAGACAAGCCACUUCGUCUCCCACUUCAGGAUGUCUACAAGAUUGGUGGUAUUGGAACUGUCCCUGUUGGUCGUGUUGAGACUGGUACCCUUAAGCCUGGUAUGGUCGUGACCUUUGGCCCCACUGGUCUGACCACUGAAGUAAAGUCUGUUGAGAUGCACCAUGAAGCCCUCCAGGAGGCUCUCCCUGGUGAUAAUGUUGGGUUCAAUGUUAAGAAUGUUGCUGUUAAGGAUCUCAAGCGUGGUUUUGUUGCAUCUAACUCUAAGGAUGAUCCUGCCAAGGAAGCUGCCAGCUUCACCUCUCAGGUCAUCAUCAUGAACCACCCUGGCCAGAUUGGAAAUGGAUAUGCCCCGGUCCUUGAUUGCCACACCUCUCACAUUGCUGUCAAAUUUGCUGAACUGCUGACCAAGAUUGACAGACGAUCAGGCAAGGAGCUUGAGAAGGAGCCUAAGUUUUUGAAGAAUGGUGAUGCAGGGUUUGUGAAGAUGAUUCCCACCAAGCCAAUGGUUGUGGAGACUUUCUCUGCAUAUCCUCCUCUUGGACGUUUUGCUGUCAGGGACAUGCGCCAGACUGUGGCCGUUGGUGUCAUCAAGAGUGUUGAUAAGAAGGAUGCAUCCGGUGCCAAGGUCACCAAGUCUGCUGCCAAGAAGAGUGGAAAGUGAGAUUGCUUUUGUGAGAUAAUUAUCACAGCUAGGAUAAUUGUCUUAAUUUUGGUCAUACUUUUUAUUUACCGGUAAUUUAUGUCAGUUUUGUGGAUCAAUUUUUAUAUGCUGUCGUCUGUGUCUGGUUUGGGUUGCGACUUGCAAAGUUGUCUGAGGUUUGCUUUUAUUAUUUGUCUUAUUUACAUUUUCUUUUGUCAAGUGUAGUUAAAUGCUUUUAAAACAAUUCUUGUUUGAUAUUAUGAUUUUCUGCUGCGAGUAUUCGAGUAAAAUCUUAAUGUCACUAUGAAUGUGGUAUUCCGUA